AUGUCUCUCUCUUUUUUGCUGUCAAUUCUGCCUGCCCACCUCUCUCUGUUGUCAAUUCCGCCUGCCUGUCUCUCUCUCUCUCUUUCUCUGUUGUCAAUUCUGCCUGCCUGUCUGUCUCUCUCUCUCUUCCUCUGUCGUCAAUUCCGCCUGCCCCCCCCCCCUCUCUCUUUCUCUCUUCGUCAAUUUGCCCCCUCUCUCUUUCCGUCGUCAAUUCCCGCCUGCCCCCCCUCUCUCUUUCCGUCGUCAAUUCCGCCCCCCCCCUCUCUCUUUCCGUCGUCAAUUCCGCCUGCCUCUCUCUCUUUUUCUGUCGUCAAUUCCGCCUGCCCCCUCUCUCUCUUCCGUCAAUUCCGCCUGCCCCCCCUCUCUGUUGCCAAUUGCUUGUCUCUCUCUCUCUGUUGUCAAUUUCUCUCUCCCGUCUCUCUCUCUGUCUCAAUUCUCCUGCCCGUCUCUCUCUCUCUCUCAAUUCCAAUUCUCUCUCUCUCUCUCCCUCUCUCUCUGUUUCCGUCUCUCUCUCUCUCUCUCUCUCUCUGUCGUCAAUUCCGCCUGCCGUCUCUUCCUCUCUCUGCCGUCAAUUCCGCCUGCCCGUCUCUCUCUCUCUCUCUGUGUCAAUUCUCCCUGCCGUCUCUCUCUCUCUCUCUCUGUAGUCAAUUCCCCUGCCCGUCUCUCUCUCUCUCUCUCUCUGUCAAUUCCGUCUCGUCUCUCUCUCUCUCUCUCAAUUCUCCCUGCCCGUCUCUCUCUCGUCAAUUCAAUUCCUGCCCGCCUCUCUCUCUCUCUCUCUCUCUCUCUCUCGUCAAUUCCGCCUGCCCGUCUCUCUCUCUCUCUCUCUGUCGUCAAUUCCCUGCCCGUCUCUCUCUCUCUCUCUCUCAAUUCAAUUCCGCCUGCCCGUCUCUCUCUCUCUCUCUGUCGUCAAUUCAAUUCCGCCUGCCCGUCAAUUCUCUCUCUCUCUCUCUCUGUCGUCAAUUCCAGCCUGCCUCUCUCUCUCUCUCUCUCUCAAUUCCGCCUGCCGUCUCUCUCUCUCUCUCUCUCUAUCGUCAAUUCCCCUGCCCGUCUCUCUCUCUCUCUCUGUCUCUCUCUCUCUCUCUCCUGCCCUCUCUCUCUCUCUCUCUCUCUCUCUCUCUCUCUCUGUCGUCAAUUCCGCCUGCCCGUCUCUCUCUCUCUCUCUCUGUCGUCAAUUCCGCCUGCCCGUCUCUCUCUCUCUCUCUCUCUGUCGUCAAUUCCGCCUGCCCGUCUCUCUCUCUCUCUCUCUCUGUCGUCAAUUCCGCCUGCCGUCUCUCUCUCUCUCUCUCUCUGUCGUCAAUUCCCCUGCCCGUCUCUCUCUCUCCUCUCUCUGUCGUCAAUUCUCUCUCUCUCUCUCUGUCGUCAUCCAUGCCAUCUCUCUCUCUCUCUCUCUCGUCAAUUCAAUUCUGUCCCAUCUCUCUCUCUCUCUGUCGUCAAUUCCGUCUGCCCAUCUCUCUCUCUCUGUCGUUAAUUCCGCCUGCUUCUCUCUAA